UAGACGUGAGGAUCUCUCAAAUCAUUAAGUUUCCUUACCGAAACCAAGACUCAAAUCAAAAUGGCAGAUUUGGAUAUGAUCAACCGGGACCCCAACAGCAUCAAUGAUCACCUUGCGGUGACCUUCGAUGAAGUGUUCGCCGAGCCCGACCACGCCCACAGUCUCGACUGCGUGUGGAGGAACUCCUACAAGUGCUUCAACUGCACCAAGAACUGCUGCUACCUCGCCCUCACUACCCUCUGCAGUAUCUUCGUCGCCUUCUGCUGGGCCUGCGAGUUUGCCACACUCACUUUCUACCACGUCUGGUACGUCACGCCAUGCUUCAAGUGGUGCGAAGUCGAGCUCGGUUGCUGUAAGAAAUUCUACUCGCUGUGCAUGCGGUGUGCAUUGGAUCCUCUUUGUGAAGCAUGUGGCUUGUUGUUCAGUGCAUUCAAGAAAUAAACACGUGACUUUGAGUCGCCAUGACAAUGCCAAUGACGGCCUGAUUCGAACAUGUGAUUGGUGGAUUCAUGAAAGGCGCUUUAACGCUCGAAAAGUGGACAGACACGUUUGAUGCCGGUAUCACUCCGCGAACAGGACAGAGGUAUUACAGCGCGUGUGCAGAAGAAUCAGUGAAACUUUUCUUUCCCGAUAAAAACUUGAAUAACUUGUAUUUUCUCCUUCCCCUCCUUAGACAUAUUUUAAAAACGCUAGUCCAGGCUGUGUUGGAGGACUAUUUUCCUUACGAAUUCCAUGACCCUUCUACGACUGAUGCAUCAGGAUGUUCUACAUUUGUAAAUUACUGUAUUAAAUUAAUUUUUUUA